AUGGACACCGGUGUCAUUGAAGGUGGUUUAAAUGUCACGCUCACCAUCCGACUACUUAUGCAUGGGAAGGAGGUGGGAAGCAUCAUUGGGAAGAAAGGGGAGUCCGUGAAGAAGAUGCGUGAGGAGAGCGGUGCUCGCAUUAACAUCUCAGAAGGGAACUGCCCCGAACGGAUCAUCACCCUCGCUGGACCCACCAAUGCCAUCUUCAAAGCUUUUGCGAUGAUUAUUGACAAACUGGAAGAGCUCCGGCUCGUGGUACCCGCCAGUCAGUGUGGUUCCCUUAUUGGAAAAGGCGGUUGCAAGAUCAAGGAGAUACGAGAGAGCACGGGGGCACAGGUCCAGGUGGCAGGAGACAUGCUGCCCAACUCGACCGAGCGAGCCAUCACCAUCGCUGGGAUCCCACAGUCCAUCAUUGAGUGCGUCAAACAGAUCUGCGUCGUCAUGCUUGAGUCUCCCCCGAAGGGCGUCACCAUCCCGUACCGACCCAAGCCAUCCAGCUCUCCCGUCAUCUUUGCAGGCGGUCAG